CACAAAUCAUGUCAUGGAUUCUCAGUUCUAUGGAGCCACAUCUGAUCUUGUCUUUGCGCCCUCAUAGAUCAGCAAAGGCUAUGUGGGAUCACCUCACACAAGUCUAUAACCAAGAUAACAAUGCUAGGCGGUUUCAACUUGAGUUGGCUAUUACCAACUAUACCCAAGGAGAUCUCUCUAUUCAAGAUUACUAUUAUGGAUUUUUGAGUCUGUGAAAUGACUAUUCUGAUCUUGUUACAACUAAGAUCUCUGUCGAAGGAGUGUUGGUAGUGCAGCAAGUCCAUAAGAUCAGCCAACGUGACCAAUUUCUGAUGAAAUUACGAUCUGAAUAUGAACUAGUACGUGCCUCUCUUGUUAAUUGUGAUCAUGUUCCAUCCUUGGAUGCUUGUUUUGGAGAACUCUUGCGUGAAGAAGAACGUCUCCAUACUCAAACCAUUAUGGAGCAAACUAGAGUUGCCCCAGUUGCUUAUGUUGCUUACAAUAAAGGGAAAGACCAUGAUAUGAGCAAGACACAAUACUAUAGUUGUAAGAAGUAUGGUCAUAUUGCACCUCAUUGUCCAAAUAAGUUUUGCAACUACUCCAAACAGUCAGGACACAUUAUUAAGGAAUGUUCUAUCCGUCCUCCUCGCAUCAACAAAGCUUAUCACACUAUUAUUACCAAUGUUGGUCCUUCUGCUCCACAGCCUCUUGUUGGCUCACCUAUCUCACAACCUCCAGCACAUUUAUUAACCAGAAAGAUGGUGCAAGAAAUGAUUGUGAGUGCUUUCUCCAUGCUUGGUCUUCAAGGUACUGGUUCUUCAACUCUUCCUUGGAUCUUAGAUUCAGGUACUUCUAAUCACAUGACAAACUCCUUUGGUGGCUUAAGUAAUAUCCGCAAAUAUUCUGGAUCCUCACAUAUUCAAACAGCUAAUGGCAAUGCUCUUCCCAUUAUAGCUAUUGGUGAUAUACCUCCUUUAAAGGAUAUUUUUGUCUCACCUAAGCUUGCUAUAAAUCUGGCUUCUAUAGGUCAGUUUGUGGACAAUAACUGUGAUGUAUACUUUUCUAAAUAUGGUUGUAUUGUACAGGACCAGAUGUCGGGAUAGCUGGUAGCGAAGGGACCUAAGCACGGACGUCUAUUCUUCAUCUAAUUUCAUGUUCCAUGCACCUUGGUUCCUUCCUCUGUUUUAUCUCUCUUUUGUACUGCACCUAAAGUGUCUAAUGAAGUUUGGCAUAAACAUCUUGGUCAUCCAAAUCCUAGAAUUCUCUCCCAUCUAUUGAAAUCUAGAUUAAUAAACACUAUAAUGCAUUCCUCUUCCAGUAUGUUCCUUGAUUGUGUCACAUUUAAGCUUGGCAAAAGUAAAGUAUUACCUUUUCCCUCUAAAGGCAGCAGAGCAACAAAUCUGUUUGAGAUAGUUCAUAGUGAUGCUUGGGGAAUUAGUCCUAUCCUUUCUCAUGCAAGAUACAAGAAUUUUGUAACCUUUAUAGAUGACUAUAGCCGUUAUACAUGGGUUUAUUUCUUGUGGAACAAAUCAGAAGUUUUCUCUAUAUUCACAUAUUCUUGGC